AUGAUAACAGCAGCCGUGGCUGCAGCCAUGGAACAAGCCGCUUCCAAGUCGCUCCAAACAAACCCUGAGGUUCCCAGGCCCACCUCUAAACGGGUUCAUUAUAAGGCGGACUCCGAAGACUCUGACUCUUCCAGGGAACACUCCCAACGGCGAAAACGCCAUUGGAAGGGCAAUGUAACCCCACGCAAGGCUAAAGGGAAAGCCCCUGCUGAUCGCAGGAAAGCCACGGUUCGUGCUACCCACGAUGCCACACAACUUUCCUCAGGUGAGGAAGAUGUAGAACCCACUCAGGCACUAGCUGUGCUGGAUGAAUGGCAGGCGGCAGCCUCUGACCAGGGGGACUCCGACAGGGAUUCCACGGCCAACUCUGACCCUUACUUCAUAAGGGAACAGGGUCUGGGUGAGCCCCAGAACUCCAUGGCAACAUCCAUUGAUAACCCACAGGAGGGCUCGGAGAUUUUCCUCGACAAUUCGGGCCUCCAAAUGUUCGACCCAAGAAACAUCCGGCACCCCCGUUCGGAAGAAUGGUCACCACCUGAGCAUUUGGCAAGGUUUAUGCACUUCUGGCUCAGAAAACCGCUAGACAAGGAAGUAAGAAACCGGAUGAGAUCCGAAUGCCCUCGCCCUAGUCUACCGGACAAAGUGACGCACACCCCCGAGUUUGACCCGCUCAUGACUACGUUCAUGUCCCGAGGGGGUCGGGAUCCGCGCAAGGGCAUAGAGCGCGGCUUUAAAGGAGCGCAAGAUAAGCUGCUAGAUGCCAUUGGGCCACUAGCCAGAAUUAUGGAUAUGGCGGAUGAAGCCUAUGAGAGGGCUGACACUUUUACCCCAGAUACGGUGCGUGAAUGGGCACGAGAUACCCGUGAAUGGGCACAAAGGUGUUUCUGUUUCUUAGGGAACACCAACGUAGCCCUCUCUUCGGAGAGGCGCCGAGCAGCACUUUACCGUAUCGACGAAAAACUGGUCGAACUGGGGGAUAAGGAAUUAGGACCCUUAGCACAGGGUAAAUUAUUUGGAGAGGCCUUCCUUAAGGAAUUAAAUAAAAGGGUCAACAUAUUCACGUCCCUUAACAAGGCACAAUCUUCAAUGCGGAAAGUCUUCCGCGGUUCCCACACCCGUGGUGUUUUUGGAAGGGCUGGACGGCAGAGGGGCCGUGCCGCCAGCCGUUUUUGGCCAUCCGGCCCCCGUACAACAAGGACUCAGAUGUUCUACCCAGACUCAUCUAGUCGAAAUAGAUUCGGCCACUUCAGGGGAUCUGAUCGUGGCCGAGGCACCCGAGGACGCUCACGAGCAAGAUUCUCCAACGGUAAGUCGGAAUCUUACUCUUCCUCUAACCCCCUGUCAUAUCGCAGGUCGUGUUUCUCUUUUUUUUUCCAGAACUGGAAAGAACUAUCUUCAGAUGCGUGGAUAAUCCAAAUGGUGCAGGGCUAUCGAAUAGAGUUCGACUCGACCCCGCUCCAGCUGACCCCUCCACGUCCAAUCCAGACUACACGAGCAGAUGCCUGCCUCAUAGACGCGGAACUCCGAGAACUCCGCUCCAAGGGUGCCAUUCAACCGGCUCCGGAUGCCACCGGUUUCUACAGCAAUAUCUUCCUGGUCAGGAAGAAAACAGGCGAAUUUCGCCCCGUUAUCAAUCUCAGGGAGCUCAAUUCGCACGUAGUAUAUCGACACUUCAAAAUGGAAGGUAUACAUCUCCUCCGGGACUUGCUUCGACGCGACGACUGGUUCACUCGUCUGGACCUCAAAGAUGCGUACCUUACCAUUCCGGUACACAGAAGCAGCCGUCCCUACCUCCGCUUCUUCUGGCACGGGAUCCCUUGGCAGUUCACCUGUCUCCCGUUUGGCCUCAGCUCGGCCCCGUGGUGUUUUACCAAGAUUAUGAAGCCGGUAGUGGCAAAAAUCAGAUCCCAAGGUAUAAGAUGCAUCAUCUACCUCGACGAUAUCCUGAUCUUCGACGAGGAUGCAGACACUUUGCGGAGACAUACGGCAUAUGCACUACACCUUUUGGACUCUCUGGGUUUCGUCGUCAACCAUCCCAAGUCCGCAUUGACCCCGGCUCAAUCAGUUCAAUUCCUCGGAUUCGUAAUAGACUCCACAUCAUGCACUCUUCACCUCCCGGCUACCAAAAUUACGGCAAUCCGCAGGGAGAUCCGGAAAGUCCUUCGUCGGACUACCAUACCCCUACGAUUACUGGCACGGAUCGUAGGCCUUCUCUCCGCGUCCAUCCAGGCCAUUUUUCCCGGGCCCCUGCACUACAGGGCCAUGCAACGCCUCAAGGCAAGUUUCCUUCGCAGACAACCGACAUACGACCAACCGGUUCCAAUGUCGGUCGAAGUUCGGGAAGAACUACACUGGUGGCUGAAUUGCAUGCAGGCUUGGAAUGGCAGGGCCAUAUUCGGGAACCAGCCAGACUUCGUGCUGGAAUCGGAUGCCAGCCGUUCAGGCUGGGGGGCAACAGACGGAACCACGUCCACAGGAGGAGUCUGGACUUCCGAAGAGCUCUCGAUGCACAUAAAUUGCCUGGAACUCUUGGCCGGGUCCUUCGCCAUUCGCAGCCUGGCAAAGGACCGAUCCAACUGCUGCAUCCUACUCCGCAUGGACAACGUCUCAGCGGUCAGAUACAUCAACCGCCUUGGAGGCACUCGUUCUCGAACACUGGCAGAUCUCACGAAAGAGAUCUUCGACUACUGCCUACCACGCAACAUCACCUUGCUGGCAGAGCACUUACCAGGAGACUCCAAUACGACGGCGGAUUGGUACUCACGCCACUGGCGGGACGCCAGCGAUUGGCAGCUAGACCCUCACAUUUUCGCACUACUGGAUGCACAGAGGGGACCUCUCUACCUAGACCUUUUCGCGUCCCGCAACAAUCGACAGACAGAAGUUUUCUUCAGCUGGCUCCCAGACCCGGAGAGCCUCGCAACGGACGCUUUUCUCCAACAAUGGCCAAGGGACGGCGCCUACGCAUUCCCUCCUUUCGCAAUGAUAACGAGGGUCCUUCACCGGAUCCGUCUACAGGGAGUGAGAAUAAUUCUCAUCACGCCGCUCUGGCAGAGCCAGCCAUGGUUUUCGGACCUUCUGGAACUCUCAAUCAACGACCCCCUCCUCCUACCAGAUGCCCCAACCAUCCUCAGGAAUCCAUUGGGCCUUCCUCACCCACUAGUCCUGCAGGAACGCUUGCCCCUUGUGGCCUGGACUCUUUCCGGGGUUCCUGGAGAACCGAAGAAUUAUCGCAGGAAACUAAGGACCUGCUAUGGGAUUCAUGGGCACCAGGAACUAGGAGGUGCUACUUAUCAGCAUGGCACUCCUGGACAAGUUGGUGUGUGGGACGGGACCUCAAUCCCUUUACUGCACCUACUCACUCCAUCAUGAAUUUCUUAACUUCACUUUUCACCGCAGGAAAGUCAUACCGUUCCAUCAAUGUGGUACGGUCAGCCAUCUCAGCGGCUCAUACUCCGAUACAGGGGAUUCCUGUUGGUAAGGACCCGCUCAUCUGCAGACUUCUCCGCGGUAUGCGCCUACGGCGCCCCCCGGAACCUAAAUAUUCUAGUCUCUGGGACGUUGGCGUGGUCCUUCAAUUUUUACGUAAUUGGCCUCCCAACGAGAAACUAUCACUCCGCCAGCUUACCGCAAAAUUCACCCUCCUGCUCUGUCUGGUUUCCUUUCGACGGGUAGCGGACGUACGCGCCUUUGAUGCCAACGCGUUUACUUUCUGUCCAGCGGGUGUCACCUUUCAGAUCUCACGUCGCACUAAGUCCAACUCUCUCUCGGCCUUCUACCCUUUCUUCCCUUCUGACCCUCAACUCUGCGUGGUCUCAACCCUCCGUCACUACGUGGAAGCCACCGCGACGUUGCGGCAACCUUCCACUCAUCAACUUCUCAUCUCUUACGUCCGCCCUUAUGGUCCGGUCUCGGUUACUACACUGGCCAGAUGGGUUAGGUGGCUACUAUCCCUUGCCGGUAUUGACCAAACCUUUGGAGCACACUCCGUUCGUGGGGCAGCGGCCUCUUCCGAUUAUGCGGCAGGCGCUUCCCUCUCGGACAUUUUACGAGCAGCGGACUGGACCAGAGAAUCUACCUUUAGGACAUUCUACUUUCGUCCUCUUGAUAAUCCGGCAUUUGCUUUUCUUUCUCAGCGUUGAAAUUGCAAAAUACGAAGCCUCCUGUCAUGUGAUAAAAUUGAAGAUUAUGCUAGCUUUAGUGUACAGAUAAUCUUAAUUUUAAUAAUGACAGGAGGCGAGUAUUUUCCCUCCCUGUUCUCUUUCGUUCUUCCCUCCCUUUUAUUUUCACUUCUACCUACUACACUUUGCUCUCUCAUAUGUUGGUAUAAUACCUGACACGAUAGCUCUUGUUUAACUGCCUUAUUUACAUCAUAGAGAUAUAUAUAUAUUGUUUGGGUGGGAUACUUAUUUAACACCGCUAGGGAGGACGUUUAGUUAAUUUUAUUCUCAUGUUACUAGACGUUAUUAAAGUUGAAUUACGGGACAGACAUCCUUUGUUUUAUACAAUCACUUCUGGACACUAACGCACCUUAUACUCUCGUUUCAGCUUAACCAGGAGCUACACGGAAUCAUUAAAGUCUCCAUGCAAGAUGUCAUCAUCAUCGCAUCAGGAGAUUCAUCAUCAGGUCUUCGUAGACCAUCGUUUGACAAGGACACGUCUUCAUCUGCAUUCUACCUGUUCCGGUUCAGUUUAUUCUGAUUAAGUUUCCAGUUUCUUGUUCUAUGGACUUCUCAGCUGUUCGGUUAUUUUUUCUACUUUUAUGGUCUUGUGAUGUCGCAAGUUUAAAAGAGGAAAUGAUGUCAUAGGUCUCACCUCUUAUACCCUAUUCUACGUUGUGAUUGGUUAAAAGUUUUGUCACUCAUUUCUUUGCUGCUAUGGAGAUAGUAAAGAAAGAUUAUGCAAAAUACUCGCCUCCUGUCAUUAUUAAAAUUAAGAUUAUCUGUACACUAAAGCUAGCAUAAUCUUCAAUUCUUCACCGAUAGUAAAUGGCUUUUUAGCCUUAGCAAUGCUGUUAGCCACCAAAUAUGAUGCUCUCAGUGCAUUCUCCCUUAUUGAUGUGGUGGCCUUCAUAAAUUUCUUCUGUGCUUCGUGCUCCCGUUUUUUUCUUUCAAAAUACCCCAGGGGCUUGUCUUUUAUGCCAGGGUGCUUGGCGGUCAAGUGGCGAAGCAGUUUUGAAGGUUUCAUUGCCUCAUUAGAGAGCUUCUCGCCGCAAACUAUGCAGAGCGGUUUUGGUGCGUGGGAAUCACCUGUCCCGAUAAAUCCAUAUUUCAAAUAGGACUCAUGGUAUUGUCUGUUAAAAGUUGCAUGUUUCUUUGAUGGUGAAGGCUCUUCUUCUGUCUGUUCACUGGGCCUUUUUUUCUUCCCAAGGAAACUUUCUAAUGAUGUCUGUUUCAUACUCAUUUUUGCUAAUUUGUGGGUUAAAGCAGACACAAUAACACGUCAGUACACACAUGAGUACCGGUGAACAGAUAGAAGAGCUAGAAGAGCUAGAAGAUACCUUCUUUUUCUCUUCACUCCAUGCUGCUUGCAGCCGCUCAGCUCCAGACGUCACCUAAAUCCGAAUGUAAAUCCAAAAACUAUCAGCGCAAAAAUGUGAUCAGUGUUAUAAAUAUAUGA